CAGGCCUGGGGGCAGCCAUUAGGCAAAUAAGGCACCUUCAACCCUGUCCCCAUCAUGAGGGGUUCCACGGGGAGCCACGUGAGCUUUUUCUGAUUGACCUUGAUGAAGGGAUGCUGGAAAUAGAUAGUUAAACCAUUUCAGCUGGGACAUCCUCAAGACUCAGUAAACAUUCCCACUGGAAUGAUCUGCUCCUCCUGGCUCCUCCGUGUCAAGCCGCAGCAGGACGCUGACUGAAAGCUCCUUCUGGAAAUGAUUGUGGGCAUGAAUCCUCACCUCCGGGUCAACGGGCCCAUGAACAUCAACCACUACGCCACCAAGAAGAGCGUGGCAGAGAGCAUGCUGGACGUAGCACUCUUCAUGGCCAAUGUCACCCAGCUCAAAGCUGUGCUGGAGCAGGGGACAUCCUUCCAGUACUAUGCCACCCUCAUCGUGCUCAUCAGCAUCUCCCUCUUCUUCCAGGUGAUGAUUGGGAUUCUCCUGAUCAUCACUGCUCGUUUGAACCUGAAUGAUAUUGCAAAGCAACCCCGCCUGAACAUACUCAACAACGCUGCCACAGCUCUCAUCUUCAUCACAGUCAUCCUCAACAUCUUCAUCACAGCCUUCGGGGUGCAGAAGACUGGCCUCUACCCUAGCAGGAAUUUUGGACCUUAUUAACUCAUGGGGCAAUGGACUCAGGACCUGAGCAGAGCAGCUCUCUUCCACGUUUCCACUGACCUCAGCAGGAGCCCAUGGAUGAAUCCUGAAAACUGGGUUAAACUUCAAAACUCUGUGUGUAUCACAGCAUACCUUGCUGUAAUGCUUUUGCAGCUCUGAGGGAUAGGAACACUGCCUUUCCAAGCUAGGACAAACUUUGCAAGAGAAAACUGCAGGAACAGCAGCAGAUAUACAUUUUGAAAGUGCAGUUCUGUAAAUCUCUUUUCUUAUUUUAGCUGCCUGCUUCACAUUUUCAAUAUUAGCUCAUUUGGUAGAGAAGACUGAAUUAUUUACUUUGUAGGCUAAGUAAAUAAGUUCAGCUCUUUUUUUUUUGUCUCAAACAUAAGUUGGUGCCCUUACAGCAAUUCCAUGUAAUAGUUUACCUCCCAAGUGUUGGAAUGGAUUUCUCAAGCUAAAAAAGAAGUUUUCCUAGGAGGAAGAAUGGUGUGUGUAGAUGAAGAUAGCUAGGACCAGUUCAAAUGUUUUCCUAGUUGUUUAAAAUUAAAUGUGACAUAAUUAAGAAAACAAUCAGAUAUUUCCAGCACUGGGAUAUUAACAAGGACAGAAAAUAGUUAUUGUGGUCUGAUGUUAUGAUCAACAACCUAUCAUGAAUGAUGUCAAAAUAGCUUGAUAAUACUUCAUAGAAAACGAAGAAACAUUAUACAUAAGGACACAGCCUAGGCUUAUUGCUGCAAUGAAAAAUUACAGUUGAAUAGCUUAUUCCUUUAUUUAAAAAAAUCACCAUUAUGAUUUAUUCGUCUCACUAAUAUAAAUGUUUUAAAAUGUAUUUGGUUUAUAAUGACAGCUCUGGUAAUUCUGUGUUAUUAGAACAAUUUGUUUCCUUGAGAAAAAAAUCAUUUGAAUUAAUGAGUUUCAUGAUUUUUAUGGAAGAGUAAAAAUUUUCAAUCCUAAAUUUUUUAACUCUAUAGUCAUGCUAAAAAAUGGUAUUUUAAUAGCCUUAUGUAAGCCUAUUUAAAUAAUUACAUGCUCUUUUGAUUAUUAAAUGAUUUUUCCAUUGUACUGCAGAAUCAGAGUUUAAUAUGGACUUCUCAUUUUGUCUAUCCAUGCCACCCCUGAGAGAAAUGCCAUGAAAGCAUCCUCACAUCAUUCUUCAGGAGCUACUGGGAGUGUCUGACACUUAGAAACAGAUACAGACAGAUUUAAUUUGCAUUCUGUAUUUGUCUUUACAAAACCAAAUUUGUCAGUCACACGUGGUGCUUUUUCAGAGGGGGUGUGAACGAUCCUGCCCAGGAACUGGUGGGUAAGGCCAGCAGCCAGCAGCAGCUCAGCACCUGACACUGACUUUUUUGAGCUGAAGGAAAGUUGCACAAUAAGGGUAGGAUGGAAAAUACUAGUUAUGUAUUUACCAGAACCUGAAGUGGUAAAGCUGAGCACAGUCUGAGAUCUGUUAGGUGAAGCAGGCAGAGACUUGUCCUCCACUUUUCCUUGGGGAUGACAGGUCUGGAGUGACUCCGAGUUUGCUGCUCAACUUGGUCCUCAGUCUUUGAUUUGACUGGCUGCAGAGAGGGGAGGAUGUUUCUGGGAAGCCUGUCAUCCUGCCUCCUUUAGAAAAAUGCUUCAUUCUAGAGGUAGCAGAAUGAGUUGUAGGCACAGCAAAACCACAAGCCAAGGGCUGUCAGGCACUGCUGCCUGGCUGGGUUUGUGGAAAAGUAAAAAACUACAUAUCCUGCAUGCAGACCCCAAACCCCAGGACUCACUGCUUCAUGGAGCAGGAGACAAAGCAAUUAGCAUUGAGGACUGAAUGUAAAGAGAGGGGAAAAUAGAAAAGAUUUAGCUGGGAAAGAAGCAUGAGGGCAAUUUCAUUAGCAGAUCUUAACUCCAUCGUUGUUUCAGAGACCCACUGGAUUGGGUAUGGCAGCAUGUGAGGCCUCAUGAGCAGAGGGGGCUCCCUGCCACUCAUCCCAGGCAAGCAGCAGGCUGGCAGCACACUGGAAUACUCUCCCUCCAUCUCCUUUAAUAUUAAUAAUUUCUUGUUGUAGUGAAAUCCUACUCAUUAGCAGCCUUGGCUGCCUUUUCCCCUCUAUGGGUGUGACUCUCAUUGCUGCCAAGCUUUUGAGACUCAAGAGAAGGCACAGUUGAAGUGAAGAUGGGCCAAAAUUGAAUUCAAAUAAGCAGUUGCUGUGAAAGAGCUGACCUAACAUUUGCAAAGGUCUAGGCUCCCACCUGUGGUCUUCUCCAGGAACUGUCCUCUGCUUGCCAGGAGAACCAGUGUUUUCCACAUUCUCUCAUCACAUCACACCCAUGCUUUUCUGGAAUGUGUAUUUAUCCACUGUUUCCACCUUGUUUCACAUGACAAACCCAUGCAGACAGGAGGAAAACUGUUUUGUUGCCAUCCCAUUUUCUACAGAUCUAGAGGAGACUGAAGCAGGGCUAACCUUGCCCACUGCAUCUCCCACCCACCCCUUGCUGCAGAGCUCUUGCUGCCUUGGGCUGAGAGUGAUCUCUGGUACUGCCUGUGCUUUCAGCUAAUGAAGACAGAGGACCACACCUGGAUUUUAAUUCCUGCUCCACAGUGAUGCAGGUGCAAGUGAACACACAGACAGAAGAGAGCUCUUGUAGGAAGACAAUGUAUUUAUAAAACACGAGGGAGAAUCUGAAUAUCCCCCAGCUCCAACAGAGAGGUGGCCCAGGAGUCAUCUUGAAGGCACAGAGCCACUUUAAGGCAGGUACAAGUCAGAUUUUCAACACAAGGCAUCUGUAUCUAAAAAACAAUCAACUUCAGACAUUUGUAAGCAAUGAGGAGAGAUGUUCAUGCCAGGCAAACAUUAAGACAAUGAUGAAACAAAUAAUAAUUUUCACACAAUACACUUUGCUCAGAUUAAAAGCCAGCCCUUCUUCAUUCCCUUGGUGACCUGCAAAGCAAGCCUGAGCGCCACACUCCAGUCCUGAAUACACAGUCACAUUUGUAGGCAGAGCCCCCUUGCUCUGCACCUCACACUUGGUGGCCCAGAGUCCCCAGCCUGGUCACAUCCUACCCUGGAGAAGGUCUCUUUUGCAGGACUGUCCAUCAUCUCCCCAGCCACAAAGCUUCCGGAGCAGCUUGCUCCUGGCCUGAUGCAAGGAAAAUCCUCUGCAACUGACUUCCUCCAGCUGUCCAAGCAGGACACAGCCAGGAUGCACAUGAAGGCCAGAAACCCCAGCACAGCUUCCUAAAAAGAUCCUGGUGACAGAAAUGUGACCAACUGUUGAGGGGAGUCAGCUUCCUGGCCAUGUCCUUUCACUGCAUAGCUGAGGGAUCUGCUCCUGCUGUGCUUCCUGCUCUCCUCCCUCUUUGUGACUCUGUCUGGGGGAGAAAAACUGCAGCUUGCUUUGGAAGAGGGGCAGCAGCCUCCAGUUGCUCCUGCAAGGUUUGCUGCUGGCCAGUAAACUGGGGAGUGUGGAGCCCCUUCUCACCUCCCAGUGAGGUCUCUGAGCAUGUGGGCUGGAAGACAGUUUUUAUUCCCAUGGGCUCUCCAAGCUCCUCCAUGGAGACUGCCAGCUAGUGCCAAUUAGUAUUAAUCACAUUUACUACUUCCUUGGAUACCGACUGAGUAUUCCCACUGGAAGGGAAGAACAUUUGGGAUGGCAGCUUUGACAGUGGGGAAACUGGCCAUUAGGAAACUGGACUGAAAACCAGGAACUCCUUACAUCUCCUUUAAGGAGUCCUCACGAGGUAGUUCUGCUUACCACUGGCCUGGGUUACAAGGUGUGAAGGAAGGAGUGCAGUCACAGCUGAAAAAUGGGGGCAAGAUCGUCGAAUUCUGCUGGCAGUGCUGAACUGAGGGGAGCAGCCUAUUGUCCAGUCCAUUCUUUGCUGGCUGUCCUCUGUGGUGGGGAAGACUCAUUUGGCAUUUAUACCAAGUGAGUUACCUUCUGGAGGCACCUAAUUCUUGCCAGAUGGAUGCCAGCUGCUAACUUUAGGUGCUAGAGAGCACAUCCAGAGGCAGGGGUGAAAGCACAGGGUACAAAAGAACUCCUCCUCCCCGUGCCUGACUUCUGGGCUGCCACCAAACCCAGCAGUUCUCCAUGUGCAGAGCAGGCACUGUGGUGUUCCCAGAGUGAUGGGCUCAGACAGCUGCUGCUGCUAAAGCCUGGCCAUGUCCAGGCACUCGCCCUCCCCAGAGCCUCUCCCCAUUCCACAGGCAUUGCGUGACACAGCCAGCCUGGACAGGCUGUGCAGGCACAGUCCUGGAGCCUGGAAAGCAGCUCACCUACACACUCGAGGAGUUGUGCCUGUGUCUGAGGGAAGCACAGGCUCUGACUUGCACUGAGAGCAUGACUGACACUGCACAUUCCAGGGAGAAACAGCUUAUUGCAACAUUGCAUCACAGGGCUGUGGUCUCACAAACUCCUAUAAUAUUUAAAAAAAAAAGAGAAAAAUUUCAAAACCAGUGUUGAUUGUUGUCAGACUCUUCCUUGUCACACCAACUGCCAUGAUUUAAUUUCUUAGUAUGUGUGUGGGUAAAGUAUUUCCCCUCAAUAGGAAGAUUACUCUGGCUUGGGCUACCUCUUCUGGGAUAUUGUCUCCAUUCUGGCAAAGGCUCCAUGGAUUCAGAGACACAGCCAUCUCCUGUUUACUUCUCACCACAGCUGCACACUACACAGAACUUUCUGGUAUCUGGUUGAUUUUUUUCUAAAUCCAUCACUCACAAAACCCAGACUGAUGCAAACAGAUGACUUGACAUGAUUUCUAUCUCACGUGCCAGAACUUGUAUGUUCAGUUUUCUACUGCAAUAGCGGAACUUGAUGGACUUGUCAAGCACCACAGACACAGUAACAAAUAAAUGCCUACUCUGAAUUGGCAUCUACUCCAUCAGCAAAGAGCAAAAAAGUCUAGUACCAGCCAGCUGUGCUUGUGUUCUGCACAUAGAAUUACUCCUUCCCAGCAACUCCCCACAGAACUGGGCACCAUGAGCAGCAUCCUAUGUCACACUCCCCUCAAGCUUGAGCCCUUUUCAGCAUGGUAUGGGGACACUGAAGCUGCAGUGUAAAGCACUGAGUGAGCUGGGAUUUCUGGGUUUAAAUAGCCUUCUAAAAUGGUUAAAGGUUAAAAAGAUCUUGCCUUACAUUAACAGGAGUUUAAGAGGAUGAGACUUCCCUGUAGCACCAGGCCAGCUGUGGGCUCUCUCCACAGCUCUUCCAGCAAUGACAGCCUGGGUUUGCCCAUCCUUUUGUUCACUCAACACCCUUCUGUCCUCACUGUUUGUUACACCCAGUGCAUGUGCCAAGACCUGAGGCCACCUCCUCUGUACCAGGCCAGAGCUCCCAGGGCUGUUGCAGAGAUGAAGCACCAACAGCUGUGUUGGGUCUCCAACCAAGAAGCCUGCUCUCUACAUAAGAGUCAAACUAUGACAAGACACAACUGUGAGGCCAUAACUUAUUAAAUUAAAUUAACUUUUAGAUGCUGCAUAAAUGUACAGGAUUCUGAGAGCAGAAGACUCUGUCUCCUCUUCUGACAAAUCACAAUACUUCAACUAAUAAAAUAUUGCCACUUCUUCCCUGCUAGGGUUUCCCUGAUAUUGUUAGGACAAACACAUGUCUGUCAGAUAAGGCUUCAAAGUUCCUCCUGAGAUGCUCUGUUAGCUUCUCUGUAUAGCCCCUUCACUACCCUCAGGCAGUAGGUCAGUAAUUUAGGUGGAAUUGUAAGAUCACCCUUGCCACCUCACCGAGCUACAGGCAAACAUGGCUCCUCUAAGGGAAAUGUAUUCACAACUCCAUCCACAGCCCAUAAUUUGCUGAACAUGAGCACAACUUUUCAUAAUGACCGAAGUGAAAAGCACAGAGAAACAUCUGAGCACCAGCAGCCUAAAGUGCUUAUCAGCUCCUCUGCAUCCAGAUUUCCUUAAGUCAGCACAUGGGCAUGUGGGUGCAAUACAGAUCAGAGAACUUUCAUCUCCUGUCCAAAAUGGGUACUGGAGAAGGCAAAGGAGAGGAAAUGGGGACAGUUGUGAGUUCUUUGUUAUUUUUCUUUUUCA